AUGCCUCACUUUGAUAAUCUCUACUAUUAUCCUAUCUUCACUACUUAUCGCAACGACGUCCCGUUGAACUCCCAUUCAGGCAUAGUUGAAGCUAGGCAUAUAUUCGAACUUUAUCACUGCUACGCUGAUAAACAUAAUAACCAUACCUCCCCGUAUUCGGAAUGGCACCCGGACCCCCUAGAACAACGCAUUCACCAAUUGCCCAAUGUAGAGGCGUAUCACUGGGACGACUUGGAAACGCACUGGUAUGUCGGAAUCAACACCAGUCACGCGUUGCACGGAGCAUACCGGCAUGCGCUUCAAACACUAGGGGACGCUCUGCAACCGGAGAAUUGGGAUCGCAGCGACCCCUGGCGCGACUACAACUUUGACGAUAAACUUGCUGAGAUCGGAAUGCUGCACAUACCCAAGCCUGCUAGCUUUCGAGAAGGCGUCUAUAGCUUAGCCUUUCAUUCCUUUCACGAGUUACAGCAACAGGUGCACCAUAAUAACUUUUAUGCAAUGUGUCUAAUAGCGCUAGCUUACGUUGUCAACGCCGUCCAAAUGAACCAUUAUCACAACCUAGCAUACGCUGGUUAUAUGCGGGGAUCUCCGGGAUUCGUCUCUGCACAUUGUUACUGGUGUAGAUUACAUGGAUACGCGGUAACCGACUUAUCCAAAGACGAUGAAUCCACAGCGGGUGAGUCGGGGCUCGCAAACUCGCCAGACAAGUUAAUAUUCAGAACCAGAGUCAUACACACAGAGUUCGAGCCCGGCGAGCAAGAUCAGGACCAGGAAGUGGACGAGUUGGCUCCAGAUUUGCCGCCUCCCGCACUAUCUCCUAUGGAAGAAGAAGGCCGACCUGUCGUAUCCGGUGAACCUUCCAUCAAUACCCGACUCAGCAAGAUGCUGCGCAAACACCUCACCCUCAACGGCAUCGACCAACCACCUUGCGUCGACAGCCAACCUCAGUCAGGAUGGCACUAUCGAGACAUCUCCGAUCGACUCGGGGCUAGCUUCCUCCCAGCUAGUCCUAUCGCAGGGCUUUCAGAACAAGGACUGGAAUUCUUGCUUCAACGGUUGCAAGAAGUCGCCUUACAGCAACAAAAGGGGGAGGUCACCAAGGAAAGGUCAGGAACAGCUGCUAUCGAAUGGAAGUGGUCUGCAGAACCGGACCAGUCUAGCGAACCUCUAAAGGGGCUCCCUGAGUGGGUACCCGACGCACUGAACCUCGAUUCAUCUAGUACUUGGGAGGUGUAUUGGGAAGGACAAAGGGAGGAAAGUCAAGGCAAUUUAGCUAGUCACCUUAUAGUUCCGUGGGAAAAGGAUUAG